AUGGGUGACGUCAGAACGGCACGUCAGACGACCACGUCCGACGUGCCCAUUGUAGAACCGACUUGGAACGCGUACACGUUCACGACAGCGAACACGAACGACCGUGCUCAUUGUAGAACCGACUUGAAGUCGGUUCUACAAUGGGCACAUUUUCAAAAGCUCGAACGAGAGGCACGGAUAUGUAGGAAACUUCAGCAUCCAAAUAUUGUGAGAUUACACGAUAGCAUACAAGAAGAAAACUUCCACUACCUCGUCUUUGACUUAGUUACUGGCGGAGAACUCUUUGAGGACAUCGUUGCCCGAGAAUUUUACAGUGAAGCUGAUGCUUCGCAUUGUAUUCAACAAAUUCUAGAAAGUGUUCACCACUGCCAUUUCAACGGGGUCGUACACAGGGAUCUUAAGCCCGAGAAUUUGCUUCUCGCUAGUAAAGCGAAGGGGGCAGCUGUAAAAUUAGCAGAUUUUGGAUUAGCCAUUGAAGUUCAGGGUGACGCACAGGCAUGGUAUGGUUUUGCUGGAACGCCCGGCUAUCUCAGUCCAGAGGUUUUAAAAAAGGAACCUUAUGGCAAACCAGUAGAUAUAUGGGCAUGUGGGGUGAUCCUUUACAUCUUAUUGGUCGGUUAUCCUCCAUUUUGGGACGAGGACCAACACCGAUUGUAUCAACAGAUCAAACAAGGAUCGUAUGAUUAUCCCACGCCAGAAUGGGAUACUGUCACACCAGAGGCAAAGAAUCUCAUCAAUCAAAUGCUCACAGUUAAUCCAAGCAAAAGGAUCACCGCAAGUGAUGCCCUUAAACACCCAUGGAUCUGCCAACGAGAACGUGUUGCAUCUGUUGUCCAUAGACAAGAGACUGUAGACUGCUUGAAGAAAUUUAAUGCUAGGCGCAAAUUAAAGGGCGCUAUUUUGACAACGAUGAUUGCAACGCGGAACUUUUCCAGUAAGUAUGAUACACAGGCUCGAAGCAUCGUUACGAAGAAGGGAGACGGAUCUCAAGUGAAGGAGUCAACCGAUAGCAGUACGACAAUAGAAGACGAUGACGUGAAAGAGGAUAAGAAGGGCGGCGUCGACCGGAGCAGCACGGUCAUUGCUAAAGAACCCGAAGGCUACGCGUCGCAGGGCACACCACCUAACAGUCCUGCAGCCACAUCAGUAUUCUCCAGGGUAAUGGUUCCGGCGACGGGCAAUAAGCAGGCCCCAGUUUCGGGAAAUCCCCUAGGAAUUGCCGCGGUUCUCCUGCAGGGAGCGCAAGCUGGCAAUGGCAGUGGCAGUGGCUCCAGCCACAGCAGCAGCAACAACAGCCAGAACAGUCAAACAGGAGUUUCACCUUCGUCUGCCUCUACGGUCUACCUCAACGCCAACAACAACAACUCACGAAGACAAAGCUCCUCUGGCACUGAACCUGAAGAACGACGACCAGGAGCACAACUGGAAAACGAUGGCAAGGAAGGAGAUGACGCUCGCCGUCAAGAAAUCAUCAAGAUGACUGAACAGCUAAUUGAGAGCAUCAACACUGGUGAUUACGAGGCGUACACAAAAAUCUGUGAUCCUCACCUGACGGCAUUCGAGCCAGAGGCUCUAGGUAAUUUAGUCGAGGGAAUGGAGUUUCACAAGUUUUACUUUGAUAAUGUAGUCCUGGGGAAAAACUGCAAGGCUGUCAAUACGACGAUUCUCAAUCCCCACGUCCACCUUCUCGGUGAAGAUGCAGCCUGUAUUGCUUACGUCAGACUCACCCAGUAUAUGGAUAAACAAGGUGUGGCGCACACUCAACAGAGCGAAGAAAGCCGAGUGUGGCAUAAGAGGGACAAUAAAUGGCAGAACGUGCACUUCCAUCGGAGCGCGGUGACGGGUCCGUCUCCGUUUUCCUUCAAUCACAAAUAAAAUCCCCACGAAGGAAUCAGCAAAGCAACAAAAGCAACAGUUAAUAAACCACACUUUGUUGUCCCACUGGUGAUUUUCGUACUAAGCGCGAUUCAAAUAAUCGCCGGUACUCUCGCUCCAGUACCUGCUUAGCGUACUUAUCUAAUUUGCGUAUAUCAGAUACGCGCGACUAAUGAAAAAUAAAAGUGGUGAAAAAGAAAAGAAAUACAAACUGGAUUUAAAAAAACAUGGUGAAGCACAAGAAGGGUGUAGGGAAAGCAACUAGAAUCGCGUUCUCCGUCGACAAAUUCAGACUUUAAUCCCAGGGAUUCCCCAGGAUGGUCCAGGAUUUUUUUCGAUGGGCCAACAAGCGUUAAGACUCCUAUAUGGAUCGGAUCGUUGACGAUAAAAAAAACCUCUGCUUACAAUUUAUUAUUAGUUAGUAACAAAUUUGCGUAGAGAGUCGCUUAGUGAUCUUCGGUCCGUUCGAGCCUUACAAUCGACCAACGUGCCACCUAUUUGCGUACGGGGUCUCUUCGCUCCGACUUUUGAGACCCUAGCCAAGACUGCUAAACAGUAAGGGCCAGCAUUUCAGUCUCUAUUUAAGCGUAAAAUCUAAUAAUGUUCAAAUUGAAACCGACAUCUGCUUCGUUGUUGAUCUCAAUUCACAAUUUAGAGAUCACGUUGGAUAUAAAAUCUUCUUACCUUUCUCGCUUUUCGACCGACGUCUUAAACUUCAGAAAAUUAUAAACCUCCCCCAUUUGCACCAAGGAAAAUCAACAUUGAUGCUAAAAUUCUUCUUUUCCCCACACAAGAAAAAAACUUUCUAUGUACCAAACAAAUUUUCUAUAUCUAAAAAAAACUUUCUAAUUACAAAAUAAUUUUUAUGCCUGAGAAAUUUGUGAAUUUGUGGGGAAGGAAAGAAUCUUUUUGGUGUUAAUUUUUAUUUUCCAUUGAAAGUGUCUCGGAAUCAAACAAAGACAGAGAAGGGGACGAAGUUGAAAACAAAUCCUAAAAACUAUUUCUCCUUUAGACGCAUGUUUUUUCUCUUGAAAAUCCUGUUCUCUAUCUUUGAAAAAUUACGAGUUCUCUCAUUCGACUUUUAUUUGAUAACUAAGUUGGGUGUGCGAUUUAUCAAAAGUGCAUAUCCUUAUAAUGAUAGUCGAAUUUCAAUGUAAUAGAUACGUUCGAUAAACGAUUGUCUUUGCUCGUAUAUUUUUUUCCAAUUUUCCAUACGAGCCAAGUCGAGUCUCGUACAAAUAUUAUAAACGAUAGUUCCUUUAUACGAGGGAAUUUUUAUCCUGAGUCAUUUACUUUUUAUUGAACAAAAAAAAUAAACCUGUGCUCGUCAAUCUAAUAUAUGCUGCUGAUGAUAUUCGAGAGAAAUUGUAACUUUUUUCUAGUAUUAGAAAUACUAAAGAAAAAAUAGAACGAUAAACGUAACAAGCUUAUAAACAUAUUAAAUUAUCUGAAAAUUAUCGUAGAAUUAAAAUAUAAAAUACGAAUAUAAAUAAAUCAUAAAUUCAAAAGACAAAUCAUUUUUUAGACACCCAAUUUUUAAAGAAUUAGAUACAAUUCCUCUUUUAUAAAUAAAAUUCUUUUAUAGAAAAAACAAGUAAAAAAUCAGAAAGUAAAGUUUAUUUUAAAAUCAAGUGUUCAAUUAAACUAGAAAUUUUUUUUGUUUCUAACUCGUUGACCAGAAACGAAUUAAUUCAAUGACUUUAUGCUCACGUAAUUCUAAAGCUGACGACAAACUAGUACUCAAAGUGUCGAUUCUAUAAAAACCUAAUAAUUAAUCGAUGUUUCAAUUCCCUCGUUAUUCCGGAUCGAAGAUCAAAUAUCAAAAGAAAAGCACGCGAUACUCUUCUUCUUCUCGUUAUAUCUAAAACAAAUGUUUAAUUAAAGUAAAAAUAAUUUCUUAGAUACUUAAUAAAAAAAGAGUUUAACGAUUUAUCAAAAGCCACCAAUUGAUAACUAAAAUCGCACUUUUUUUUAAAAUCCACCACAAAAACCUUCAAAAUAAAUUUUUUUUCAAAAUUAGUAAAUUUUAGAUACUUUUUCUAAAAAUGAAAGACAGCUCAAUAAGGAAAAAAAGGAAAGUUGUAAAAACAUUUUUGUGAAAAUAGUCUGGUUUCCCUGCGAGUGAAGUGAA